AUGGCAGUGGAGAUAGUCGAGUCGUGCAUGGUGCCGCCAGGCGAGGCGACGCCCAAGCACCGGCUUUGGCUCUCCGUCUUCGACCUCGUCCAGAGCAGGACCCACACUCCCCUGGCCGCCUCGGAUCCGACAGCUCUGGCCGCCCCGAGAUCCAGGAUCCACUGCACCGGCGACGGGGUACUCUUCGUCACCGCCCGCACGGACGCCACCCUCGACAAGUUGGGAAACCCCGUCCCGUCGGAGGAGCUGCGGCAGAUGCUUGUCCCGAUGGCCGAAGCCGGCGACCACGCCGGCGUCUUGGCCAUGUUCCAGGUGACGUUCUUCGAGUGUGGUGGGGUGUGCCUCGGCACGGCAAUCCACCACACGGUGUGUGACGGCCGCGCAGGUGGCGACUUCAUGCAGAUGUGGACUGCCAAUGCGAGGGGUGACAGCGAGGCGGCCACGUCGUUGCAGCCAUGCCUCGACCGCACGCUGCUCCGCGGACGUUCGCCGCCGGCAGUGCGCUUCCAGCACCCCGAAUACCCGCGCCAUGGCAGCGCCGGCGCGCCGUCGAAGACGUACGACGAGAACGUGCCGUUCGACACUGCCGUCUUCCCCAUUUCCAAGAACCAAGUCGAGGCGCUCAAAGGCGCUGCCGGCGCCGCCAGCGCCGGCACCGGCAAGAAGGUCUCCACUUACAGCGCAGUGGUGGCGCAUGUGUGGCAGUGCUCAUGCAAAGCAAAAGGCCUUAGUGGAACGGCGGAGGACUCUCAGAUAUACGGGGUGGGUUGCCUGCGCUUGCGCAUGUGUCCUCCUCUCCCAAGGGUCUUCUUCGGCAACACCAUCGCCAUUCGCCCUUAUUACGUCAACGAUGGUCACCAAGGUGAAGGACAUCGUCUCGAGCCCAGUUGA